CGCACAGCAGAGGAGCAGACGCAGCCGAGGGCAGGAGGCAGGCGACAGCUCAGGAAGAUGCUGGCACUCCUGGCAGCCCUGCUCCUCCUGCACAGCGUGCCGUCCGGCUGGGCAUGUUACUUGAAGUCUCCAAAUUCAAGCUCCUGUGUGGACCAGGACUGGUCGGAAUUCAGUAGCAAGACUUCGCUGAACCUCAGCAACUGUGGCAUCAAGGAAAUCAAUGGCUCCGCCCAGGUGGGGAGGUCGGUCGAGAUGCUGGAUCUGUCCUUUAACUGCCUGCAGAGCCUUCCCCGGGAUUUCCUCUCCCAGGCACGUGGUCUCGAGCGUCUCUACCUGCAGCACAACCAGCUGUGGGAGCUACCCACGGAGUUCUUCAAGAACGCCACCAACCUGCGGAGCCUGAGCCUCCAGGGCAACCCGCUGCGUUCAGUCCCAGCCAGCGCCUUCCCGCGCAGCCUGCAGAGCCUGGUCGUGGACUGCAAGUGCGACGUCGUGGGGAGCGUGGUCAGCCACUGCAGGAGCCCCACCAACAGCACGAACCGCACCUGCCACUGCCUCUCAGGGGAGGGAAUCGUCAACGUCACCGAGUUCAACACGCAGGAGUGCCAGCCUCUUUGCACGCCGCUCUGCGUGGCCAUCACCAGCUCACUGCUGGCCGUGCUGCUGCUGGUGGGGGGCCUGGGUGUGGUCUUGUUCCUGCUCAGGAGGAGGAGACAGGCCUCUGUCAUCCACAGCAAGCGGGAAUCCACCGCAUCCAUCCCCCACGGCCAGCCGCGCUACAUCAGCCGCAACGCAGAGACGGGCCCCGGCCAGGCCAGCGACUAUGAAAAUGUCUUCAUUGGCCACUCCCAGCCAGUAGGGCAAUACGAGUGUCUGGAGAGAAAGGGACCACAGUACAGAGUCCAGCAGCCGGUGGACGAGGAGUGUUACAUGGAGAGCGACGCCUGCGGAGACCAGCCCGUUUACGCCAACACCCAGCAGCUGUACAACAGCAGCUUCCCCGAGCCCAGUGACGCCGAGGAGGUGUACAUCGUCCCGGACAAAUGAGCCCUCCGCCCGCCCGCCCGGAGGCACCCCAGCCCCGGCUGUCUUUAGGGAGCGGGCUCGGGCCGCGGGGGGGCUACAGUCCCGUUCAGUAGCUGUGACCAUGUGUCACGCCCCGGGGAGGGGCUGCUGGGGAUCCCAAUUAAAGCAAAAUCACCUGGCAAUUGCUUCCCGCCCCCAGGGUAUUACCCUGCAGCCAGCCCCAGUCCAGCCCCACUGGAAUGCAGACAGCUCAGGUUUCCCCUGGGGGGGCUGGAAUUUCCCCUUCCCCAUUGAGAGGGAGAGCCCCCCCACGGGGCGGGGGAGGGGAUCCUACCCCUGCAUCAGGCUGCAAAUUCCUCCAGAAAUAGCUCCCGCUUCUCCUGCCAAAGUGCCUGGUUCUGCGCCAGGCUGGCUGAGCCGCUGCUGGGACCCAAACACCAUGGGGUUUCCUCUGCACCUGGGAACUGCGGGGGGGAUACACUUAUGGCGGGGAGACGGCACGCGGCCACCCCACGGAGCAGCCCAGCGGACCCCUCAAGGGACACAGGAAGGGGACAGGCAGGACAGAGCCGAUUCCCAGAGGAAGUGGGGCCUCACUGGAAAGGAGGGACCCGGAGCGCUGGGGCUCCAGGAAUCGAGGGAGAUGCGCCCGAGCAGGGCUCAAGGCAGCCAGGCCAUGGUGUGUCGUGGGGAUUCCUGGGGUGGGGGACCCGCCCGCCCCGUGUGCCU